AUGGCGAAGAAAACCGAAUACAAAAAAAGCGAGCUUCUGCAAAUCCUCUCUUCAUCUACGGCCUCGCUUAAGGAUAAGAAUCGUGCAGUCAAAUUGCUUAAAAAGUUUGACCCGAACCCUAAGAAGCAUCUGGACUCUUCUUUCCAAACAAGCCAGGCCACUGUCGCCAAGUACCCAUCACUGCAGUCAUUUUUAUGUUGGCGAUGUGACAAGAUAAAGCAAACCAUGACAAAAGUUAAAUGGGAGUCCAAAGAAGGUCUGAAGGUAAUUUGCACCACGUGCUACACCAACUUGGCACAAUACCUCGAGGUAGCCAAGGUUAGACGACUGAAUAACAAGUUUUGA